GCAGAUGACGUGACGAAAAAUAAUAUUUUAAUUAAAUUCGGGCGGGUGAAAUGAAAAAAUUAAAAUGAAAAAAAGUUUAAAAUGUGUGCUUACUGGGAACAUAAUAAAGACACCUGGACUCGGUCGAGACCAAAAGCCAUAUUUGGCAAGACCAGUGGCCGAGACCGAGACAAGUCCGAGUCCGAAUACCAGCGAGUCCGAGACAAGUCCGAGACCAUAAAAAAACGGUCUCGAGACCGGACUCGAGUACUACAGCCCUGCCUCAUAGUAAUUUUGUAAUAAAUAAAUUAAAUUGAAAUGACUGACAGUUUACUUUCGGUUUCGUACAUUUAUAUAUUUGGGGUAGAAAACACGGACUAAGUUUAAGCAAAAUAAUUUGUGAAGAUCCAGAAUAAUGAAUAGAUAAAUAAUAAUUACAAAUAAACACUACGACUGAAUUUACUCGAAUUUAAACGUGAUACGUGAAUUCCCGAGAGUUCGGAUGUUCGUUACAGCCCGAGUAUCACACCCUUAUUAUUCUGGAAUAAAACCGCUGUUUUGAUGUAAACAAUGAUCUUCUUUAUUGUUCUUCGUUGUAGCUCUUUUCUCUCCCCCAUAAAAUGAGAGAUGAGAAUCCAGACCUCAGUGUAUCAGCAUGGAGGAAAGAGCUGCCUUCUACUAUUAGUGUAUCUGUGCUGGGGAACCCAGGGACAGCCGACAGAAUCUGCUCCUUCCGUCACUAACGUUACAGUGGGAGGGAGCUUCCAGUUUCCCUUCACACCUGAUGGGAACCAAAACUACAGAGUUGAGCUGAAAUUUAACUCCAUGGUGCUGAUUACUACAUCGGUCUUUCAGUCACCCCCAUUUAUAAAUGUAAACUACAAGGGAAGAGUGAAGAUUCUGGAAAACCUGAUACAGCUGGAAAACUUACAGCUUUUAGAUUCAGGUUUUUAUGACGUAUAUGUAGAUUAUUUUACAGGAAAAAAGGGGCAAUACAGAAGGUUUCUUAUACAGGUCUUUGAGCCAGUGUCUAAACCCAGUAUCACUGCUGAGUGUCUGGGCAGUAACGUCACUCUGGCCUGCAGCAGCAGUCAGGGGACCAAUGUGGAGUACAGCUGGGAAACUGCGCCCCCUUGUGGAGAGAGCUGCUUAGUGCAUCUCGGUCCUGUUGUUGAAAUAGCCCCCUCUGAUGCACCGACCUCCUUAUAUUAUACAUGUAGAGCUCAGAAUGAGUUCAGCAAUGAGACCAGUGACCCUUUGGAGCUGAAAUUAUGCACCACACAGCCAACAGGUCGAAAUCGGACCAUGACCCUGUAUACAGUAAUAUCAGUAGUACUUCUCACUGGAGCUGUGAUCUGCAUACAAAGAUGGAGGAAGAGAAGGACCAGACAACAAAAUAUGGGUCCAGCUGAGCCUGGUAAAGAUGAAGGUCUCUUAGCACCUCCUGCAAUAGAACUGCAGGGCUGAUCUACAGGAGAGGAAGACGAGGACCAUCCAUCUUCUUACUGCUUGCCCAGUACAGGGACAUGGGGGGGCUGUAUGUUAUCCCAGGCAGCAUGGGGCACAAGGCUGGGGGUCACUGGAUGCCUCUCCCUCCUACUUAUGCUGCCAUAGCCAUAUCUGUCGGAGCAUUGCACUUCAUA